AUGGCCACAGAUGUGUCGUUCGCCGAUCUCCUACGCGAACAAGAGGAGCUCGUGGGUUGGAUCCAGAGGUUUUGGAACAACUUAUGCAAACUAGGGAAAGAUAAAAUCACCCGCGCGGUUCUGGAACAGCGUAUGGGCUUACUUGAGCGAUACUGGGAACCCUUCUUAACAGGACAUCGAACCCUGAUGCGGUGCAAGGAAGCAGCUGCCAGUUCUUAUGCCCAGCGAGACGUCUUCUCGGUCGUAGACGAAACGUACCUCAAUACAUCGGCAAUGAUCGCGCAGCACCUGAUGGAACGGUCGCCGAACAAUUCUUCCGACGGGGAGCAAGCCACGCCUGCGCCGACGCUGCAACCGCAGCUACCAAAAAUUGAGCUUCCAACCUUUUCAGGCGAUCCUCUGCAAUGGGAAAGCUUCCGUGACUUGUUCAAGAGCCUAGUGCUGGAUGUGACUCAACUGUCGGACGUCAAGAAACUGCUUUACCUGAAGUGCAGCCUAACCGAGGACGCAGCGGAGGUGAUUCAAAACACCCCUAUAACAAGCACCGGUUUUCAAGAAGCCUGGGAGGACCUCGAACUGCGUUAUGGUAACACGCACCUGCUGUCGUUUUCUCACCACCGUGCCCUCUUAUCUUGUCCGCCAGCAAAGCAACAGUCAGUCUCGGAAUUGAAGAGACUGCUCGACACCUUUCGACAGACCAUCCGAGCUUACUCUUCCUUGAAGAAACCGGUCAGCGCAUGGGACGAGUGGUUCGUUUUCUUGCUGACACAAAAGCUGGACAAGGUGACGCUGUUGGCCUGGGAAACGUCCUUGACAGACAGCAGGGAUAUUCCGGCCUUCUACCAGCUCUCGCACUUCUUGGAAAACAGGAUUCAGGCGUUGGACGCGGCGCAGAUGACGGACCAAGCGACUCACUCCGUUCCGAACAAGGAUCUCAAGCCUAAAAGUAAAGGGAAUCCAGCUGUAAAGAAGACUAUCUCGACUUCUCUUGCAGCGUCAUUCAGACCCGCCCAGACAAGGAAGUGCCCUUCCUGCGCGGGGACACAUGGAUUGGGAUAUUGCGCAGAAAUCAAGGCACUAAACUCGGCGCGGCGAAGGGAGCAUCUGAAGGCCUGCUUCAAUUGCUUGAAUACUGGACAUGAGUCGCGAAAAUGCCCUUCAUCCCAGAGGUGCCUGGUCUGCAGUGGCCGACACCACACACUCCUGCACGACGGAACGGCGGCUGAGUCAUCACCAACGAAAAUGGGGGAGGAGAUUCCACCUACCUUGGAGCCGGUCAGCAAGAUUGGACCAGACAGCUCCUCUCCUACGAACGCUCUCUCUUUAACCGUAUCCUCUCGCGCGGUUGCCCUGCUGGCCACCGCCAAGGUGACACUGGAGGCCCCAUCCGGGGAUACCAUUGAAGCGCGAGCCCUUUUGGACACCGGGUCAGACACCUCCUUCGUGACCUCCUGGGUCGCUCAAGCUCUGCGUUUGCCACGGCGGGCGGUUCGGGUCUCAGUUUCAGGGGUCCAAGUGCAGGAAACCGGAACGGCGACCACCGAGGUCGAGCUGCUGGUGCGGCCUCGACGAACAACGGACUUCAGGUUGCCGAUCCGAGCCCUAGUACUGAGGAGGCUCACCUCUGUCUUGCCUGCCCUUCAGGUGGUGGCCCAGCCCUGGCCGCAUCUUCACGGAAUCGACCUAGCGGAUCCGGAGUUCGGCGUUCCUUCGAGGGUGGACCUGAUACUAGGAGCGGAUGUUUGCGGGAGCCUCUUCCUGGGCGGCACCCGCACUGGACCAACGGACACUCCGGUCGCUAAACUCACUUCCUUCGGUUGGGUGCUGAUGGGGUCGGCCUCGGGGGACAACCCCCCGCCUAGAGCAACCGUGCGCAGUUUUCACUGUCAUACGGAACAAUCGACAAAUCAACUACUGCAGCGAUUCUGGGAACUGGAAGAGGUACGAGAUCCAGCCCCCCUGUCGGCAGAAGAGGAGCGCUGUGAGAGACAUUUCCAGGACACACAUCGACGGGACUUAACCGGACGAUAUCGUGUACGCCUACCUUUCAACAGGGAACCUGCUUCAACGCUAAAGCCAUCCAGGUCAACGGCUUUCAAGCUCCUGCUGAGCUGCGAACGUCGAUUGGCGUCGAACGACUUCCUGGGUCAGAGGUACGCGGAUUUCAUGGAAGAAUAUUCUUCUUUGAACCACAUGCAGGCCGUCCCCGAAGCGGAGGCCCAAAGGCCAGCGUAUUAUCUCCCCCAUCACGCCGUGGUCAAACGACACGACCCCUCGGCCAGGUUGCGGGUAGUUUUCAACGCGUCGUGUCGAACUGCAUCGGGCUAUUCUCUGAACGAUUGCCUCUCCGCCAGGCCUAAACUGCAGGCCAACUUAUUGAUGAUUUUGACUCGAUGGAGGCUCUUCCGCGUAGUUUUUACCACGGAUAUAAUCAAGAUGUUCCGGCAGAUUCAGGUUCAUCCAGCGGAUACGGACUGGCAGAGGAUUCUUUGGCGUCCCCACCCUGGCGCCGCGAUCCAGGACUAUCGACUUACCACAGUUACUUACAGAACCGCCUGUGCACCGUUCUUAGCGUUGCGGGUGCUCACUCAACUGCCGGCGGAUGAAGGGCACCGCUUCCCCUUAGGAGCCGAGGCGAUCCUACGACACAGCUACGUCGAUGACAUUUUGGCCGGCGCGGACGAUUUGGGCAAGGCGCUGGAAUUGAAACGCCAAGUCAUCGCUAUUUUCGAAGCCGGUGGUUUCAGGCUAAGCAAAUGGGCUUCCAACUUACCCGACCUCCAGGAGCACCCCUCUUCGGAUCCCCGUCUGUUUCAGGAACCGACUGGGGUCAGUACACUAGGGGUCAAAUGGAACCCAACCGACGAUACCUUCUCUCUAAGAGUCGCCGGCCCAGUGGACCGUACGAAGAAGGUCACAAAGCGGUCGAUACUGUCAGAGGUGGCCAGCCUCUUCGACCUCUUGGGUUGGACGGCGCCGGUUCUAAUAUUUGCAAAAAUACUGAUGCAACAUCUUUGGAUCCUGGGCGUCGAUUGGGACCAGAAACUUCCGACCAUGAUCCGAGACUCGUGGUGCACCUUCAGGAGCUCGCUGACUCAACUGGACGCCCUCUCAGUCCCCCGUUGGGUCUCAUAUCCCGCCGGCUGCAAAGACGGAGUGGAGCUAUACGGCUUCUGCGACGCCUCGCAGAGGGCCUACGCCGCCGCGGUCUAUUUGCGGGUCAAAACUCAAGGACGGACUUCCAUCGGACUGCUGGUGGCCAAGAGCAAAGUAGUCCCGGUGAAGACUGUAAGUAUCCCCAGGCUAGAGUUAUGCGGCGCCCUACUUCUCGCCAAGCUACUCGUCCAGGUAAAAGAUGGCCUCAACUUACCGGUCUCUGUGACCGCCUGGACCGACUCCACUGUCUCGUUCCACUGGAUACGUGGGCAUGCGUCUCUUUGGAAGCCAUUUGUGGCCCACCGUGUACCCAGCAUCGAGUCCCUCAUCUCUGCGGAGAACUGGAAGCACAUCGGUUCCACGAGCAAUCCAGCCGACCUGGCAACGCGGGGUAUCUCUCCCCCUGAAUUGCUGAACUCUCAGUUGUGGUGGCAAGGACCCUCAUGGCUGAAGGACGACCCGGAAUCCUGGCCUGCUGGAUGCCUUGGAGAAGACGGACCCGCGAACGAAGAGAGGCGAAAGGUCUUGGUCUGCCUACACAUAAAUCAAACCUCCAAUGAGUUCCUCUCCCGCUUCUCAUCACUAACGCGCCUUCUGCAAGUCCUAGCGCAGUGUUUCAGGUUCGCUCACCUUGCCAGGAAACAGCCCUGCGAAACGGGGUUCAUCCGAGCCUCAGAACGCGCCUCGGCGCUUCGAGCACCUCUGCGGUUGUCCCAGCGAACCCACCUUGCGGAGGAACUCGAACAACUUACAGGGGGACGUGCGCUGGCGAGGGGUUCUGCUCUUGCCUCAUUGAGGCCAUUCGUCGAUGACCAAGGUUUGCUGCGUGUCAGAGGACGCUUAUCUUCGGCCAUCCUUCCGUAUGACGAAAAGCAUCCCAUCAUCGUGGCGAAGGCCUGCCCUCUGGUUAAACUUCUAGUCCAGGACGCCCACGCUCGGACACUCCAUGGAGGCCCGUAA